GGGAGAGCUUUUCAUACACGCGGAGCUUUUGUGCCGGGGGCGGCGCGCCGGGUAUAAAAGGGCGAGCCGGUCUUGCAGCCCCACAUUCCCGCUUCUACUCUCACAAGCAACACACGUUCUAUCGAAACAACUUUCCAAAAUGUCUUACUACGCUAACAACGAGUACAUCAUCUCGACUAACAACUCGAUCAAUGAGAACAAAUACAACAGUGAUAAGGCGAAAAACAGUGGCUUCAAAGCACUGUUGAAGCCUUUGAUGAAGAUCAUCAAGAAAACAACAAAACGUGCUCCCGUGAAACAAUGCGACACGUCCUACGAGAGCGAGCAGAACUCCAGCAACGAAAUGUUGGAAAAGAAAAUCUACGAGGAAAUGGAUAACUGCCAAUCCGGAGCGGCUUUCCUCGUUUGCAACGAAGAUGAGAGCUACGACCUCGUGCCUGUCGCACGCGAAGACUUCUACAUCCCCGUUCACUUCGCACGCACCGAUGCCGGAACCUUCUUCUGGACCACCGUCUCCAAAACCGAAGGCGACUUCGCAGCGGCCUCCUGUUACACCGAAUGCCAGACCGCGGAGCAGCAACACCCCGUGUUCCAAGACCGCUGGGUCCAAGCCUAAACUGACAACGACUUCCGACAACAAUCAGUGUCUUCCGUGGAACCAGUGCUCGCUCCGUUGGUUUCCUCAACCGUCUGUGAUGUUAGCUUUAAAUAUAGUUCUAUUGUGCCAUAUAUAGUUAGGUUUUAGGGAUCUCGUGAUAACUCCAGUAAAAGCUUUAAUUAUCGAUUCGUUGGAUGUGAUAUUUUUUGUAUUGUAUAAAUUAAUGAUAGGUUUAGGCUUAUUGUGAUCGAAUACUGAGCUUUAAUUGUAUUAGGGGGUAAUAAUUUAUUUAUGUUUAAUGCAUUUUUAACACGUUGAAAUAAAAGAAUGAUUAAGAAUAUUUCCUAUCUUUUACUUAUGCAACCCGCUUGAUACAGAGAACACACAAACAUUUAAAUGAUUACGAUUCAAUGUAACGAUAGUUGGCGGUUCCUUGGCUCGAGCCUCGGCUUGGAACCUGUAUGAGAAGUGGUCAGACGGGAUGUGGGCGCGAAGCGCGGGCUAUACUUAUCUCGUGGCUCGCUUCGGCGCGGGCGGCGUUGGACCGCAUUACUGCGCCCGCGCACGUGCACGCCCGGCGGCCACGCUACUGGAUUUAUAAAAUACUUUUUGUUGAUUACCGCGCUUUCACUGCAUUAAAUGGAUGCAACAUAAAUAAUUUAUCAUUUCUGUACCUAAUCUAUUGUUGGAUGAAA